GGUAAGCAAGCAAACAGCUGCCUGCCUGCCUGAUUCAUGAACGCUGCUCCGCCUCAUCGCCCUGCUGUAGGCUUCUCUCGGGAAAAAUUCAACACCACCGGUGUGCGACAGACGGGUUCACAUCAUCUCGCGCGUUGCCUCUUUGCUCUGCUGUUGCUCGUGGGGUGUUUAUUUCCGUGUGUACACAAAGUACGAAGUACAGCAUACCUCUUACUGGCUGGGCCGCCGUCUGAAGCGUUUGGCCGCAGCGGCAGCGGCAGCCGGCAGCAACGUCACCAGCAGCUCGCCACCACCAUCAACGGCAACACCACCAUGGGCAAGCCGUCGGACGGCGAGCACGUCCCGUCGCCCGCCAGGAAGCCGAGUCAUCCACACCUGGGCGAGUCGGCGAGCGCCAUCUCGCUCAACACGACGACCCACGAGCGCUACUUUGACGAUCCCCCUCCGUCGCACAACCACGACGACGACGAGUACGCGUACGCCGACGAUGACCUCCCGCCGCUGUACUCGGACCACGACGACUUUGCGUCCAGCCCCACCGUCAACGGCGUCGCUGGCGGUGCCGGCGGCAGCAGCAGAAGCAACAACAACCAUGGCGUGACGCCCGUCAACCCGCUCGUGCCCCGCGGCGGCGAGCAGCUCGUCCAGCCCUUUUGCCACAGCCGCGACGGCACGACGACGUACUACAUAGACCCGCGGCUCGACUCGGACCCCGUGUUCCUGCUCGACCACAUCACGCGGCUCGCCGCCCUCCCGCCGCGGCCGUUUAUGCAGCUCCGGGGCACGCACAAGGAGCGGCGGCGGCGCAGCAGCAGCAGUAGCAACGGUAGUAACCAUGGCGGCAGCAGCAGCACGGAGACGGUCGUCGACUUUGACCUGCGCAUCGAGCUCACCCACCUGCUCUACACGGACAUCCACACGCAGUCGGCCUGGCGCUCCGUCGUCACGGCCAGCAACUUCGAAAAGGUCCGCCGGGGAACCGUCUUCGCCGAGCGGGCGCCCGGCUUCGGCGGGAGCAGCGGGGGCCGCCACGCCCCGGAGGAGGGCACGCCCGACCUCGCCGAGUGGUGCCGGCGGUACUGCGCCGCGGGGGGUCCAGACGGGCGCGGCCGGGGCCUGCGGUGCUUCACGCUGGAGCGGCGCGUCGCGGGCUGGGACUUUGAGGCGCUGGGCCGGCGGCUCGAGGAGCUGGCGCGGGCGACCAACUACCGGGGCCGCGUCGAGGCGUCUUUCCCGGUGCGCGACGCCCGCGUCGAGGUGCACUGUGCGUGCCUGACGAGCCGCUGGCGGCUGACGCGGUGGGUGCGCGCCCUCUUCUACGCGACGCUGCUGUUCCUGCUGGCCUGGCCGUGGCUCAGGCUGCGGACCCGCCGCUGGGACACCCAGGCCGCCGAGUGGCGCGCCAGCGAGCCGACGAGCGUGCCCGGCCGCAAGAGGUACGCCGCGGGCAUGAGCGAGGAGCGCUGGUACGCGCUGUGGGCGGGGCCGCUGCAGCGGGCGAUGCUGGAGAGGAGGCAGGGCGAGCUGGACGUGGGGGACCUGCUGCAGGGCCAGGGACAGGGACAACAGGGACAACAGGGACCGAGGGGUGGUGGCGGCGAUGACGGCGGUGAUGGGCGAGCAGGCAGGAGCGUGAGGGGAGGAGCGGGAGCGGGAGGGCUCGAGGGCGUGGUGAGGGCCGGGGUGGAGGCCAUGGGCGUGGUGAACCGGUCGUUUGGAUGGGGAGGGGACUCGUGCUGAGCAAGGAAGCGUGGGCAUGAGAUGUGGACAGGAGUAUCGAUAUAUCUGGAGGUUGAAGCCGAGCCGAGUUUCGCCGCUGGGUGGAUGGAAGGGGAGCUACUGACGACGUGACGACUAGUUCUGCCUUCCCCCCUUUUUUUUGUUGUUCUUUUCUCCUGGUGUUUCGGCCCUGCCUGCGUUUACAUGUCUGUUCUUGUUUUGUGUAUGGGGCGUUGUGGCCUAUGCCGGCGUUGUGUGUGUGUGUGUGUGUGUGUGUGUGCGUGUUGCGUUAUAUAUGAGCCAUGGCGACUGUCUGUCUGUCUGUCUUUCUUUCCUUGCCCGCUUGCCCGGUUGAUUGGUUUGCCUGUUCUGUCUUGCUUGCUUUCGUUAUCACCUUACUUCCCGCUUUGAGAGGGGCAGGGGGUCUCUGUCUGAGUCUUUGUGCUCUUAUAUGAUGUAGCAAGGCACUCACUCCAUGCCCUUGUGUGCGCGCGUGCAUGCAUGCAUGCAUGCAUGCCCUGCAUGGGAUGGUCAUGUUGGGACGGGUGUUUAUACAUCGUCUGGCUGGCCUGCCUACGCCGAGUCGUACGUACACCUACCUACCUUUAUACCUUUUUGUCUACCCACCUUUUAACGUUAUAUCACCUCCCCUUGUCUACACAUACAUAUAUAUUACAAACUACUUCGUAGGUGGGUAGUUGAGAACG